GGUUUGAGAACGGCCAUGGACUUGACACCGGUGUUCGGACUGCAGCGUCUGUUCCCCGCGUGAGCAGCAGGUGGCGCAAUGCGCUGUGUUUCAUUUGUGAUCCGCUGUGAAGAAGAAGAUCAAACAUGACGACUCACACCGACAAUGUGGAGGAGCUUAUUGGGAUUGUUAGAGAGUCUUUAAAAGACAAAGGUUUUGAAAUAUAUCCUUUCAAGGUUGGAUGGUAUAAUGCAUUGACAUCUCAGGCUCACCAGCUUCCAUAUGAAUCUGACAAUUUGGCAGCAGUGAUCCUCAGCACACCGUCCAUGUUUGAGAAAGUCUUCGUGCCUUUCUUACAGAGCCGGGCCUGUGAUGGCAUCAGAGAUCCUAUAGAUGAGUGUAUCUCUCACACCGUCUCAUCCUCUGUCUCUAUGUGUUGUCCGAAUCAGUCUGUAGAUGUAAUGUAUGAUUUUGAGCUGCUACCCAGUAGAAAACCAAAGUUUCUUGCGCAGACGGCGGCCCAUGUAGCAGGAGCAGCGUUUUACUACAGGGCAUCAGACGUUCACAAUCCACCAUGGGGAAAUAAGAAGAUGUUUGGAGUGUGCAUCCACCCCAGAUUGGGCGGCUGGUUUGCUAUACGAGCUCUGUUGAUCUUUAAAGAUGUUCUGAUGGGAGAGGAGUUUCAGCAGAGAGAUCCUCCAGACUGUGUGAGCCGACAGGAGGAGAGAAUCGAGCUGCUGGAGAGAUUUAACUUUCACUGGCGGGACUGGAGCUACAGAGACAUUAUACCUGUAGAAGAACGUUACUCUCUUCAACAGAAAGAGUAUUUUAUAACACCCCCAGCACAACGGGGGGCGCUGCUAAGACAGUGGGGCUUCAUGACAGAGAGCGACGCAGAGAGUUAAACAGGACCUUCAGUUAAACUGUACAUUAACUGUUUAUCAUGAGAAAGACUAAAAUAAAAAGGAUCAAAAACUGUUAA